UUACAUCUAGAAUAUAAUGAACAACAACGUUGUUCUUUCGGUAUCGUGCGUGCAAGCGCAGCACGCCACAUACGUGGCACACUAUGCGCUCAAGCGCACCCCUGCGCUCUACACAUUUGACCGCUCUGUGUCGGUUGGAGAAAAUUUGAAUCGCUUAGCCUCCGCUGCCUUGGACCCUACUGCCACAAUGGCCACGUUCCACGCUUACAGACCAAUUUUCCUCGAUCUCGUGUCGCGCUGGGUCAGCAAUCCCUCCAUGGAGGCCCAGGCGCUUGGCUCCACUCCAUCCGUGCACGGCUCCCUCGUGCUCCAGGCCAUGGCGAAGCUCGUUUCGCUCUCUGCGGAUGUGUUGACGCUUUUGGAGCACUUUCUCAGGCAAACCAACAUCUUCACCGCGCUCCAGAUGAAUCUUGAGGCUAUUUCUGCCUCCGAAUUAGAGGCCGUGCUCCUCGCGACGUACCGCAUUUUCCGCUUUGACCAGCACCGGUUCAAGGCUUUUAUCUCCCCUGACGUAUUGUAUCUCGUGAUCAAGCACGAGCGGACGAAUCUCCGCGUGGCAAAGCUCCUCGCAGUAGAGCUCCUCGCCGUAUACCUAUCGGCCUCCGAGACCGCGCGAACGAAGAUGCUCGCAACCCAUGUCGGCGAUGGCGAGCUCAUGGGGAGCUACGAGGGGGACACGGUUGAUUUCCGGUUUCUUGCACUCUUGGAGGCGAAAAGACUUUCCAACGUCAGCGCGCUCGGACCAUCUCCCGAGAGCUUCCUCGGUAAAACCAUAGUCAUUGAGCCCGCGGCUUUAUCGCCGUUGGUGACCUCCGUCUGCGGGAUUCUUGUCCCCAACCUCAACCGCGAGGCGGCCGAACAGAUCGAGCUCGUGCCAACCAUUAAAGCGACAGCCGCACUCCGUGCGCUCGCGCACAACGUCCAGAACAACAGACCGGUGAUGCUUGUGGGCAAGGCCGGUGCCGGUAAGACCUUCCUCAUCAACGAGCUUGCAAAAUACAUGUCGUGUUCCGCCUCUGUGGUCAAGAUCCAUUUGGGCGAGCAGACCGACGCGAAGCUCUUGCUCGGGACAUACACCUCGGGCGACAAACCCGGGACAUUUGAGUGGCGCGCCGGGGUGUUGACCACGGCCGUGAAGGAGGGUCGGUGGGUGUUGAUCGAGGACAUCGACAAGGCGCCGACGGAGGUUCUUUCGGUGCUCCUCACACUUUUAGAGAAGCGGGAAUUGGUGAUUCCGUCGCGCGGCGAGGUUGUAAAGGCCGCGAACGGGUUCCAACUCCUCUCCACGAUCCGUGUGGCGGACGAUGCGCGCCGUGCCACGGUGCCCGAUCUCAUUGGACUCCGCUUGUGGCAGCAGAUCUCCCUUUCCCAGCCUGAUGACUCAGACUUGUAUGCGAUUCUCACCACGCGCUUCCCGCUUCUCCAGCUGUUGGUGAAGCUUUUCAUUGCCGCGUUUAACCGGGUCAAGGAGAUUUACCAGCUGCCAUCAUUCAUCUCGUUGAACAAGGGCGCGCAUCCGCGCGUGAUCUCCGUCCGCGACUUGAUGAAGUUCUGCACACGCGCGCAUGCGUUGCUCGCACAUGCGGGGGUUACCCAGCAUGACCAGUUGGUGGAUGCCGCCGUCUACGACAACAUUUUUGCCGAGGCCGUCGACUGCUUUUCUUCCUCCCUCUGCGAAUCCACCGCUGCGUCGCUUGUCAUCAACGUGGUGGGCGAAACGUUGGAGAUCCCGGCAACCAGAGUAUCGCUCUUCCUCCUGAAACAUGUCCCCGUCUUCCAGGACGCUGUAGACCACAUCAACAUUGGCCGCGCCAGGCUUGUCAAAAGCUCGUCGGCUUUGACCAAAAAGAAACACUCGGAAAAUGUAACGUCAUUUGCCCGCACCAACCACGCGGUGCGUCUCAUGGAGCAGAUAGGGGUUGCUGUUUCGAUGGUGGAGUCGGUUUUGCUCGUGGGUGAAACCGGUACCGGUAAGACCACCAUCGUCCAACAGGUGGCCAAGUUUAUGAACAAGAACCUCACGGUGAUCAACGUCUCUCAACAGACGGAGACAGGCGACCUUUUGGGUGGCUACAAGCCGGUCAACACCAAGACCGUUGCCGUUCCCUUGCAGGACACGUUUGAGGGCUUGUUUAUCGCUACGUUUUCCCGCAAGCGGAACGAGAGGUUCUCGCUCGUUCUUUCCAAGUGCUUCAACAAACAGCAGUGGAAGAACGUGACCAAGUUGUGGCGUGAGGCGUUCAAGAUGGCAAGUGAGGUCUUGCUCCGGGAGGAGACGCCGGAGGCUGAGAGUGCCAAGAAGAGAAAGCUCUCGGCUUCGGACAAGUCUGAGUUGAUGGAGCAAUGGACCAAGUUCCAGGCCCAGGUGAAGCAGUUUGAAAUCCACGCCUCCACCUUGGACAACUCCUUCGUGUUCAACUUCAUCGAAGGGUCCCUCAUCAAGGCAGUGCGCGAAGGCGGCUGGUUGUUACUUGAUGAGAUCAACUUGGCCUCAGCUGACACCCUUGAGAGCAUUGCUGACCUCCUUUCCGACCACCGCUCGGUGCUUCUUUCGGAAAAGGGUGAGGUUGAGUCCAUCCGUGCGCACCCCGACUUCCGUCUCUUUGGUUGUAUGAAUCCUUCGACUGAUGUGGGUAAGAAGGACCUUCCGCCAGGCAUCCGCUCGCGCUUUUCCGAAGUCUACGUCCAUUCGCCUGACCGCGACAUCUCCGACUUGCUCGCCAUCAUUGAUCAAUACGUCUCUCGCCACGCUGUUGGUGAUGAGUGGAUUGGGAACGACGUCGCGCAGUUGUACCUUGAGGCGAAGGCUUUGGCCGAAAGCAACCAGAUUGUCGAUGGUGCCAACCAGAAGCCUCAUUUUUCCAUUAGAACCCUCACCCGCACAUUGAUCUAUGUCCGUGACAUUGUGGCGAUCUACGGCCUUCGUCGAUCGCUCUACGAAGGUUUCUGCAUGUCUUUCCUCACGCUCUUAGAUCUCAAGUCGGAAGAGCUCCUUCAGCCUUUAAUUGCCAAGUAUACGAUUGGCCGCCUCAAGAACGCAAAGGCAGUCAUCUCCCAAUGUCCACCGCCCCCGGCCAACGCUGCGGACUACGUCCAGUUCCGCCACUACUGGAUGAAGCACGGUCCCGAGGAGCUCCAGGAGCAGCCACACUACAUUAUCACGCCGUUUGUCGAGAAGAACAUGCUCAACCUUGUGCGCGCAACCGCCGGCCGUCGUUUCCCGGUCUUGGUCCAAGGUCCAACCUCUUCCGGUAAAACCUCCAUGGUUAAGUACCUCGCGAACAUUACUGGCCACAAGUUUGUGCGUAUCAAUAACCACGAGCAUACAGACCUUCAGGAGUAUCUCGGGACGUACGUGUCGGACUCCACCGGUAAGUUGUCCUUCAAGGAGGGUGUUUUGGUCGAGGCUUUGCGCAAGGGCCAUUGGAUUGUCUUGGACGAGCUCAAUCUCGCUCCAACCGAUGUUCUUGAGGCUCUUAACCGUUUGCUCGACGAUAACAGGGAGUUAUUCAUCCCCGAGACGCAGGAGGUUGUCCACCCCCACCCUGACUUUAUGCUCUUUGCGACCCAAAACCCGCCUGGCCUCUACGGGGGCAGAAAGGUUCUCUCCAGAGCGUUCAGAAAUCGUUUCUUGGAGUUGCACUUUGACGACAUCCCCCAGGACGAGUUGGAGACGAUUUUAAGGGAACGGUGCCAGAUCGCCCCGUCUUACGGUAAGACCAUUGUCGAGGUCUACCGCCAGUUGUCGGUGCAGCGCCAGUCCUCCCGUCUUUUUGAAAAGAAGAACUCGUUUGCUACGCUCCGUGACUUGUUCCGCUGGGCAAUGCGUCCAGCCGUGGGCUACGAACAGCUCGCGGCGAAUGGCUACAUGCUUCUCGCCGAGAGGGUCCGCCAGGACGACGAGAAACUCGUGGUGAAGCAGGCGAUCGAGAAGGUUAUGAAGGUCAAGUUGGACAUGGAUGAGUACUACCACGGCUUGGAAAACUCCCAGUUGAUGGCCAUUGAGAGCUCCGUCGUCUGGACCAAGGCCAUGCGCCGCUUGGCCGUUUUGGUCGAGACUGCCUUGCAGAACAACGAGCCGAUAUUGUUGGUGGGUGAGACCGGCUGUGGUAAGACCACGGUCUGUCAGUUGAUCGCCGAGUAUGUUGGGAAACAGUUGGUGACGAUCAAUGCUCACCAGAACACGGAAACCGGGGACAUCCUUGGGGCCCAGAGACCGGUGAGAAACAGAAACGAGGUCCAGGCAAAGGUCGGGGCGAUGCUCCAGGAGUUGUUCACUAUUUGGGACAUUGCAUUUGAUGAGAAGGCGUCGAUGGAGGAGUUGUUGAGGGUGUUUGACUCGAGAAAGCCAGAAGCGUGGGUCACUACCAGUACAGAGAUUGACAUGAGCGCAGAGACGGAAGCUAGCACUGAGGCUGGCACUGAGGUUAUCCUUGAGGUUAGUCCUGAGGUUACCGCUUCGCCAGCUUCCCUCGCUCUGCUCGUCACCUCCAUUCAGGCUUUGAGAAGUUCUCUAAACAUCCUCUUUGAAUGGAACGAUGGUCCCCUUGUCCAAGCCCUCAAGUCCGGUGACUUUUUCCUCCUCGACGAAAUCUCCCUUGCAGACGACUCCGUUCUCGAGCGUCUCAACUCGGUCCUCGAGCCCGAGCGAAGCCUUCUUCUUGCGGAAAAGGGUACGGAAGACGCCUUUGUCACGGCGGCCGAUGGCUUCGAGUUCCUCGCCACCAUGAAUCCCGGUGGGGACUAUGGUAAAAAGGAGCUUUCCCCGGCCUUGCGGAACCGUUUCACCGAAAUCUGGGUGCCGUCCAUGGAUGACUUUGCGGACGUGCGCCAGAUCGUCGAGGCGAAGCUCGCGAGCGCGGCGCAGCACCUUGCGGAGCCGCUUGUGGCAUUUUCCGAGUGGUUUGGCAUCAGGUACGGUGGCGGGAGCGCCACCAACGGUGUGAUUUCGCUCCGUGACAUUCUUGCGUGGGUGACGUUUGUCAACGCGACGUGCGACGCCGAGGCGCGCGCGCCGUUGUCCGCCGCGCACGCGCUCCUCCACGGUGCCGCAAUGGUCUUUAUUGACGCACUCGGGACCAACAACACCGCAUUCCUCGCGGAAAACGAGGCCCAGCUCCGCGAGCACAAGCUUGCGUGUGUUGCGCGCCUCUCAGAGCUCGCGGGCGCGGACUUGGUUGCCGCGUAUGCCGCGCGCCCCGCGGUCGCUCUCGGUGAUGCACUCACCUGCGGCUCGUUUGCGAUCGCGCGUGCAUCUGCGGCGCGUGACACUGCUGCGUUCAACCUCCGUGCGCCCACCACCGCCGCGAACGCCAUGCGCGUGAUCCGUGCGAUGCAGGUGCGCAAGCCAAUCCUCCUCGAGGGGUCUCCGGGUGUGGGUAAGACGUCGCUCGUUUCCGCGCUCGCAGAAGCAACCGGCAACCCGCUCACGCGUAUCAAUCUCUCCGAGCAGACCGACUUGGUCGAUCUUUUCGGGUCUGACGCGCCAUCCGUGGGGGGCAGCGCGGGCGAGUUUACGUGGCGCGAUGCGCCGUUCCUCCGCGCCAUGCAGCGCGGUGAGUGGGUAUUGCUUGACGAGAUGAACCUUGCGUCACAGUCGGUGCUUGAGGGUCUUAACGCGUGUUUGGAUCACCGUGGGGAAGCUUUUAUCCCCGAAUUGAACAAGUCGUUCGCGCGCCACCCCAACUUCCUCGUCUUUGCGGCGCAGAACCCGCAGUACCAGGGUGGUGGCAGAAAGGGGUUGCCAAAGUCGUUCGUGAAUCGUUUCUCUGUUGUCUACAUGGACGUGUUGACACCGGAGGAUUUGUCCAUGAUUUCGCGCCACAUGUUCCCCCACAUUGCGGCCGACACCUGCGACAAGUUGAUUGCGUUCAUGGCCGCGCUCGAGCAGGAGGUGGUCGUGAAGCGGUCCUGGGGCUCGUCUGGUGGGCCAUGGGAGUUUAACCUCAGAGAUACCCUCCGCUGGUUGCACUUGUUCAGCUCCGCGAGCGUGGCGGAAAAGGUGCCGGGCGACUUCUUGGACGUGGUGAUUGCGCAGCGCUUCCGCGCAACUGGCGAUCGCGCGCGCGCACGCGAGUUGUUUGCGGGUAUUUUCGGCAUGCUCCCGGCACGCGACAACUACUUUGCGCUCGGACAGGACUACGUACAGGCUGGCCGCGAGAUUGUCGCACGGGCAGGCUCUGUCGCCCACGCCGCGACGCAUCGCCUUGUUCCGUUGCAGUGCAACACCGCACUCAUGGAGUCGGCAUUCAUGUGUGUCAAUCGCAACUGGCCAUUGAUUAUCGUGGGGCCAACCAACUCUGGUAAGACCGAGCUUGUUCGCCUCACCGCGUCGCUUGUCGGCGCGCACGUUGUGGAGUUUGCGAUGAACAGCGACGUGGACAGCAUGGACAUUCUUGGGGGGUACGAGCAGGUGGACGUUGCGCGCGGCAUUGCUGCACUCUGCCGUGCGACCGCGCACGUGCUCCGUGACCUCACCGUCGUCAAUAUGAAGGGUGCAACCGACGCUACCGUCAUGGGUCACGCCCUCCGUCUCUUGAAGCUUGUCUCGUCCACUGUGGGCACCGAACACUUUGCGGACGUUUCGCAUGCGGUGCAGCACCUCUCCCAGCUUACGGGCAACAUGGAUCUUGUGGACCUCGCGGCGCAGUGUGUGGCGCUCGAUGGGCAGCUUGCCGCUGCGCAGAGCGUCAAGUUUGCGUGGUUUGACGGGCUUUUGGUCUCGGCGGUCGAACGUGGUGACUGGUUGAUUCUCGAUAACGCUAACCUCUGUUCGCCGUCGGUGCUUGACCGUUUGAACUCGCUCUUGGAGCCAAAUGGGACCUUGAUGAUUAACGAGUGUGCGAUGGAGGACGGGACGCCUAGAACGGUUGUUCCGCACCCGGGCUUCCGUUUGUUCUUGACAAUGGAUCCGAAGUACGGUGAGUUAUCUCGUGCGAUGAGAAACAGAGGGAUUGAGGUGUACAUGGGGGCUUUGGAAGAGCGUGCGACGGCGUUUGAUAGAAGGGUGUUGGGUCUCCAAGCUCUCACCGAAGGUGGAAUGGAGGCUGAAUCUGAGCCUGUUUUCGCCCUUGUUCCUGUUACGGCGUUUGUCCACCCCCAGGACUCGGCCACUCGGAUGUUCUCCCUUCUUGAUGAUGUUUUUGAAGAGGCUAGCUUUGUUGCUGGUCUUACUUCUGACGAUGCCUGUAGCCCCGUCGCCGGCGAGAUGUUGUCGGGAGUGCUCACCAGCACCCUUCCCUUUGUUUCCCUCACGCGUCUUGCGUCCUGGAAGUCGGUCGUCUUCCAGUCCUCCGAGUUCUCCGACGCAUACAAGGCCGCGUGCGAGGCGGUGUGCGCUCGCGCAGCCUUCCUCGCGGACGCCGGUGUCGCGCGCCAGUUGCGUGUGAACUAUGCUGCGGUUGAGCCUGUCGCGCACGUGCUUCUCGGCGAUUCCGCGUUUGUCGACUCUCAGGCGCUCCACCCGCUCGUCAACAGUUAUCUCACCACUGAGACCACUGACGGUGAGGUUUCCGAUGGUGAGGUUUCCGAAGUUACCGAGGCUCUCGCAGAAUGCACUCUUGCCGCACGGGCAUCGAGUGCGCGCGAGUGUAACCACCUCUUUGACGUCCUUUUCGGCGUCUUUGCCGCCAACAAGACCGUAACGGAGAUCUCUCAAAACUCCCUUACCGGUAAGGUCAAUGAGCUCUCCUACAUUGAGCGUUCCGCCGCCGCGUUCCAUGGGCGCAACAUUAAGAAAGCGCCGCGCCUCGCGAUCUUCAAAUUUGUGCUGGAUAUCUCGGCCUACAUUGGCGCUACCGUCGCGCGCGUCGCGACUUGCGAUCUUGUAUUCCGCUCUACAGGGCUCUAUGGUGCGCUCUUCGCGCUCCAGACGCUCUGGACAAACCUCGUGGCGGCAGCGCGUGCGCAGGACGAGGCGCGCUUGCGCGUCUACCAGCAGUUGAUCGAGAAGUGGAUGGACGAGCACCGUGACAACGAAAUGAUCCAGCUCUUCAUUUCAGACCUCUCCGCCGCCAUCGCCUCUUUUGGCGAGGGCUUGGUUUUGACCACCGGGACGUCCAUGGCCGCCCUUUGGGAGGCCUUCCGCGGCGUCUACCCGGCAUCGGAGACCGCAUGGGGCCACCGUGACCAGGUGUUGGCGCUUGCGGCAGACUUUGAUUCCGCCGCGGCUGAGCAGCACGCUGAUGCGACCACUGCCGUCAACGGGUUGCGCCGUCUUGUGCUCCAAUUACUCCAGGACGCCGUCGCGGGCGUGUCCGACUUGGAGUUUGAGGCACUCGCACGCGAUGUUGCCGCGGGGAUCGAACAGCUUCGAGAUAUCGCUGCCGUGCAUCUGGUUGUGCGCGCGCGCAAGUUCCAGCCGGAGUUCCGCAUGUUGGUCAACUUGGCUGACGUGUAUGACGCCGACGCCGACUCGCUUUCAGAAGACCGCCUCACCUUGGCGCUCAACGCCGGCCGCUCUACCGAGGUUGUGGCGCGCUUUGCGACUCACACCCUUAAGCCAUACCCGGCGGUGUUUGACUCCCUCUGGGACUUUGGUGACGGCCAGCACACCUCCUACGUAUCUGCGCUCGUCACCGAUGACUUGUUUGUCUCGCUCGCAGACAAGUGCGAAGGUGCGAAGCACACGCCUGGCCGCGACAUUCCGCAGUUCCUCCGCGAUAUGGAUGGCUUCGCGGCCAGUGUGGUGCGCGAGUCGCCCGCGGUACUUGCGGACGCGCGCGCGAAACUCGCGCGCUUGCUCGUGCAGUGGCUUGCGGCGAUCGUCGCGUGCCACACUGUCGACCCUGCUGCACACGCGGCGGUUGCCGACCUUGAGGCACAUGUGUCCGUUGCGGCGAUUGAGACCGUGCGCGCGUGCCUCGUCUCCUGUGACGCGGCAUUCCUUGCGGUUGUGGACGGAUUCUUUAUGCCUUCACUCUUGCUUCUCGCGGAGUCGUGCGAUACUGCGUCGCUCGGCAAGGCCUGGGUGCUCUUUGCCUGCGGCUCGAUCCAGCUCUACGUCCCAUCCUCCGAGUAUGACCCGGCAAUCACAGACCACGUGGUCCACCAGGUGUUUGUGCAGCAGCAAGCGGCCGUGCGCGCGCUCCACGCGUCGUGGAAGGCCGUGCGCGUGACCGUCUCCGGCACGCCGCUUAUCCUCGAGGAUCACCUUGCCACGUGUCAGGCGGUGCCAGCGAAACCGAAGGUGUUCCGCCAGAGCGCGGUUGGCGCGGUCUUCGAGGAGUGGAAGGCGUUCAUGGACUCUGCGAUGGCCGUGGAACCUGUGGCAAAGCUUCUUGCAGCAUUGGAGGGUGAUGCGGUCCAGCAGGCCGCGAUGUUCCAGCAUAACGCUUCGCAGUUCCUCGUGCGUCUCCACCAGGGCCACUCGCGCUUCGCAGAUCUCAACGACAUUCUCCGUGGGCACGUGUUCGGGCUCAAGCUCGGAUACGACUUGCUUGUGACCGCGCGUGACACCGCGGCGCUCCUGACGCCACGUGUGUGGGCGCUCGAUGUGCCGCAGCUCCUUACGCCGCAACGCCUCGCGUGUGACUUUGCUGCGAUGAGCGCGCACUGCAAGAGCGCGCCGCUUGACGCGCUCGCGACCGAGCACCUCAUGGCGUUCUUCAUGCAAAUGCAUUUUGCCAUCGACGCCACCGCGCCUGGCCGUUUAGACGGCAUGCUCGGGCAGAUUCUCCAGACAGUGUACUACCGUUGGUCGCUCCGUCGGAUGAAGGAGCAGCAGGACGAAACCGCCAGCGGGAGCUUGUACAAAUAUGCUGAUCCGUCGCACGAGGCUGAGGACGAUUUUGUGGGAAUGUUCCCUGAUUACGAAGAGGUCAUGGAUGCGGGGACGCUUGAUGCUGCGGCCGCGAGUGCUGCAGCGCAGGCGGGUGCGAAGGCCGCGGCGCAGGCCGCGACUGAUGACGCGUACUACGCGCUUUGCCGCGCGUACAUGGCCGCGCAGAUGGGCGAGUCGCGCACUUCAGCACGUGACCUUGUCGCGCGCGGGGCCGCUGUUUUCCGCGAGCUCCGUGCCGCGGACUGUGCGCCGGGCGCGCUCAGCCCUGCGGUGUUGUCGUCGCUUGUUCUUCAGAUGAAGGACGCAACCUCUGUUUUCUCGGCCAGCAACACCGAUGCUGUUGACUUUUAUCGUGGUACCAUGCCCGCGGAGACGCGCCGCGCGGGUGCCGUUAUGGAGCGCCUUGCGCGUGGCGUCGCGGCGUUGCUCGCGCAGUGGCCUGAGCACGCAACGCUCCAGAACAUUCUCGCGGCUGCGCACGAGUUCCUCGCGUUCCCUGCCGCGACACCGAUGGCGCGCCUCAUCCAGAAGAUUGAGCAGGUGUACACGUACAUUGCUGAGUGGGAGAAGUACGCGCACAGCGGGGUCUCCCUCAAGGCGCCGUUCGACGAGCUCACACGCUUAAUCGUGUCGUGGCGCCAGUUGGAGUUGAAGUCGUGGAGCUGUCUCUUCCAGCAAGAGGACCGUGUGGUGGAGAAGAGCCUUGGGAAGUGGUGGUUCCACCUUUUCGAGACGAUUAUCGUGCCGAUUAUGAGCGAAGAAGAAGAGGAAGAUUUUGACGUGGAGGACAUCAAGAUCGAGGACGUCAAGGUUGAAGAUGCUCGCGCGGAUGCCACGGACGAAGCGGUAAAGGCCCCUGCCUCUGCUGACACCGAGAUUGGCUCUUCCCGCGUCCUUUCCGCUCUCAACAUCUUCCUCAGUGAAACCACCUAUGGUGAGUUCCCUCACCGUCUUGACCUUGUGCGUGCGUUCACCGCACACGUACGGGCGCUCCUCCCUGCGUCUGCACCGGCACUCUGCUCACUUGCGAACCUCAUCACGUUCUACGAACAGUUCGCGCCGGUGAUUGCCGAGCACGUUGCGCAGAAGCGCAAGGCCCUCGAGAAGGACGUCAGCGAGGUUAUCCUCCUCGCAAGUUGGAAAGACGUCAAUGUGGACGCGCUCAAGCAGAGUGCACGCCGCUCGCACGCCGCGCUCUACAAACUUGUGCGCAAAUACCGCACGGUGCUCGCUGGCUCCGUUAAGCAGAUCAUUGAGACUGGAUUGCCGGUGUCUGGUGCUGUUUCCGAGCACGGCGCAGCCAUCAGCAUCCCUCAUUUCUACGACGUGGAUCUCGCAGCGGUAACCGCGGUGUGCGCGACGCUUCCUACGUGGGCCUCGCGUGCGGCGCGCCUUCGGGACAUCUCGCUCGUGGAAAAGAACAUGGGCGUGUACGUGGCGGGGGUUGCGAACGAGGCACUUCCAGACCUUCUUGCGUUCGCGCGUGAGUUGCAGGGUGAUAUGGAGGAGCUCCGCCGUAAGACGCCGGGUGAGGCGACGGAGGAAAACAAAAAAGAGGUGGCGGCGCUCAAGACGCAGAAGCGGAUGUUGCUUGCGGCGACGCUCCGCCAACUCCGUGCGAUGGGCGUGAAGACGCACUUGCGCGCGGACGUGGUGGCGCGCCAGGCGUCGGUGACGCUUGUGUUGGCGCGCGCUGCGUCCUUCGCAGGAACAUCGCUUGCGGGUACUGACGGCCACUUUUUCCGGGUGCUCGAUCUCAUGCCACGCUUGCGCGCGGCGGCGGCUGACCCCGCAGAGGAUGUUCCACCUGCGGAUGUCGCGCGCGGGCUUGCGGCAGCUGAAAACCUUCUCUGCACGUUGGUCGCGCAGCGCGGGCCGAUGCGCAAGUUAGCCACGCACACAUCCACUCUUGCGGGGCUCGUGCAGACCCUCGAAGCCGUUGGUGAUAUCGCGAUUGCCGAUGCGAUUGUGCCCGCCACCAUCGCCGACUCUGUGGUGGCCAACACAGCCUCUGUGCAGUGGUACGCCGCAUGGUUGCCAACCUUGCUCGACUUUGCGGUUGAGACAGCAUCCACCGCCGCACAGAUGGCGCAGACCUCUGUUUCCACCGAUGUGUUCACCAAUGCGAAACUCACGGUCACAGCGCUAGCUGUGAACGUUGCGACGGACCGCCACCUCGGCACCGAUGCCCAGGUGGCUGCGAUCGACGCGUUUGGCGCGUUUGUCGCGACGUUUACCAACCAGUUGGACGAGUGGAUCGCGGACCACCCCGCGCUCGCGUUCGUUGCGCAGACGGUGCGUUCGUGGAUCUGCAUGCAGGACGCCAAGUUCUGCGCGCAGCUGUCGACGUCGCUUACAGCGAUCGGCACGAUUGAUGCCGCGGAGCGCGCGUUCCGCGACCUCGCGACGGUGGUGAUGCUCUCCGUGCAGAAGAUCACCGCCGAACAGAGAUCGGGGGAGAUCACCGCUGAGGACGAAAAGUGGAUGGCGUUGUCCCAGCAGCGUCUCAUGAAGUACAUCUCGCUUCUCUACCCCCAGACGGUGCAAAAGCGCCUUACGGCGUGUAUCACGGCGUUGCGCACGAUUGAACACAAUUCCGCGACGGCUGCGCUCGUGCGAAACCUCGUCGCGUUCACACUUCCGCUCGUGCGGCGCUACUUUGCGCUCGCGCUCACGGUUCUCAAGCGCGCACGCGACAACUAUGCUGCGACUGCGCGCGCAACGUACCUCAUGGCGACCGCGCUCCACACGCUCACCACCCAAGGGUUCUGCUCUCCGCCACCGCCGAACACCACGAAGGAGUCGGAUAACCUCCAGGACGGGACCGGGUUGGGCGACGGCGAGGGUGUAACCAACAACUCCAAGGACGUCGAAGACGACGAGGAUUUGACGGAGGAUGCCCAGCAGCCCAACUCCGACCAGAAGGACAAGGACGAGGAGGAGGAUGAAAAUGAUGAUGCAGUGGAUAUCGAAGGCGAUAUGGCUGGCGAGCUCGAAGACGCCUCUGACCAGGAGAAGGAAGAGGGUGAGGAGGGUGAGGAGGAGGACUUGGACGAGGAGGUUGACGACUUGGAUGACUUGGAUCCAAACGCGAUCGACGAGAAGAUGUGGGACGAAGAAGCCCAGGAGGACAAGAAGGAGAAGGAGUCCGAGCAGAUGCCUGAGAAUUCGUCGUCCAAGGAUGAAAACCAGGGAGAAGAUGAGAUGGAGGGUGACGAUAAGGAGAUGGAGAAUGAUAACGAAAACCCGGUUGAUGAUAAAGAAGGUGAUGAGGAAAAGAAGGACGAUGAUGAGGCCGAGGAAGAGGAGGAUAUUGGCCAGCAGGACGACGAGGUGAAGAAUGAUGAAGGGGAGCAGUUGGACAACAAUGUUCCGGAGACCGAGACGUUGGAGCUUCCAGAGGAUCUCAACUUGGAUUCGGGAGAUGAAAAAGACGAUGAUAAAGACGAGGAUAAAGACGAGCCGAUGGAUGAUGGCAUGGAUGAGGAUCUUCCGAUGGAGGACGAUGCCAAGGCUGACAAAGAGGAGGAGGAGGAUGCUGAAGGUGAGGCCGAAGGCAUGGAAGAAGAUAAGGAUGAGGGCUCCGACUCUGAGGGCGAAGAAAUUGAGGGCGAGAAUGUCGAAGGGAACGCCGAGCCCGAGGAGGAGACGGAGGAACGCGGCGAGGAGGAGGAGGAGGUUGGUGAGAGCGCCGAAGACAAUCCUGAAGAGGAAGAGGCUGGCUCCAAGAAGGAAGACGAGGAGGAAGCACAAGGUGAAACUAUCGAAGGUCUUGAGGGUGAUGAAGCGGCAGAUGCUGAGGAUGUGGAUAUGGAAUCGGCCGUGAAGCAAAACGACGGGUCCAAGGGCGAUGGUGACGAUAACCAGGUUACCGACGAGAAGGAUGACGUCGGGGCUAGCGGGAUGGCGAACCCUCAGGACGAACAGAACGACCAGGAGGCGAGCAAUAACGACGACGAGGCUCCAGAUGCCGCGCAGGAGUCGUUGAAGCAGCUCGGGGACUCGCUUAAGGAGUUCCACCGCCGUCGCCAGGAGAUUAAGGAAGCCGCCGAGCGCGAUGAGAGCGCCGAAGAGGCUGCCGCCGAGCGUCCAGACGAGUUUGAGCACGUUUCGGGUGAAAACACCGCUAACGAGACCCAGGCGUUGGGGGCGGCUGAUAAGGAACAGGUCCAAUCGAUCGACGACGAGAUGGCCAUCGACGAGGAGGAAGAGGUGACCGAUGAGGCCAAGACUGAAGAGGUUGGAGAGGAAAAGGCCGAGGAUGGCGAGGUCCAGGAAGCCCAGGAAGAGGUUGGGGACUUUAACGGUCAAUCCAAGGGUGCGUUUAUCGGCGAAAGAAAGACCAUGAACGAAAGCGGUCUUUUUGCCCAGGAGGAGUUUGCGGACGUGGAGAUGGAAGAGGUUGUGGAGUCUGGGUUGGUGGAGGAUGCGGUCGCGGCGCCACGCGCCAUUGAGGAAGCGCGCGAGCUUUGGCGCGCGUCGGAUCUCGCGACACUGGAGCUCACCGCCGGGCUUUGUGAGCAACUCCGUCUUAUCUUGGAGCCAACCCUUGCCACUAAGCUCAAGGGUGACUACAAGACCGGUAAGCGCCUCAACAUGAAGCGUAUCAUCCCGUACAUUGCGUCGGAGUUCCGCAAGGACAAGAUCUGGUUGCGCCGCACCAAGCCGAGCAAGCGCCAGUACCAGAUCAUGAUUGCUGUGGAUGACUCCAAGUCGAUGGCCGAGAGCCAUUCUGUGGAGUUGGCGUUCCAGAGUAUUGCGUUGGUGUCCAAGGCAUUGACCCAAUUGGAGUCUGGUGGCUUGUCGAUUGUCAAGUUCGGGGAAACUACCCAGGUGGUUCAUCCGUUUGACAGACCAUUCACGUCGGAGACGGGGGCCAGGGUUUUCCAGUGGUUUGACUUUCUGCAGACGCGCACAGAUGUCCAGCGCUUAGUCAGCCAGUCUAUUGGGUUGUUUGAGACAGCCAGAGCCACCGGCGACGCGGAUCUCUGGCAGUUGCAGAUUAUCGUGUCUGACGGUGUCUGCGAGGACCACGCGACGAUUCAGAGAUUGGUGAGAAGGGCACGUGAGGAUAAGAUCAUGCUUGUGUUUGUGGUGAUUAACGGGGUUAACUCGAGUGAGUCGAUCUUGGAUAUGAGCCAGGUGAGCUAUGUUCCAGAUGCUGCGGGGAAUAUGGUGUUGAAGGUGGACAAGUACUUGGACUCGUUUCCGUUUGAGUUCUAUGUGGUUGUUCAUGAUAUUAAUGAGUUACCUGAGAUGCUUGCGCUUAUUUUGAGACAGUAUUUCACGGAGUUGGCGAGUGCUUAGGCAAUCGUGAGGAUGGAAGUGGAUUGAUAGGUGGAUUGGUGUAUUGUAUUAUAUUGUAUUUUAAUUUUUUUUUUUUUUACCUUGUUUAAUUUUACAUGAG